AUGUUACAACCCUCUGUGCUCUAGCCCAGCUGGAUGUGGUCCUGGACUACCUGCCAUAUUGCUCCAGCUUCAGUGCAGGUUCAGUCUCAGCCCUCUUGUGCCCUGGGUUGUCCACUGGGUGAGCCAGAGGUGUUCCAACCAGCUCUAGUUAGCAAACAGCAGCCCGCAGAUUGCCUGCAUGCCGAGCUGGUGAUUAGGACGAGUUUAAAGUCUAGGCAGAUGGACCUUGCACAGAGCUGGGCCGUGCCUGCUUUGCAGAUGGUGGACACUAAAAGGUGGAGAGAAGCUUCCAGUUCCAUCUCCAGCGCAGAGGAGGAGCAGAGUGCACAGCCGUGGGGCUGGGGCACUCAGUGGCCUUGGGGCUGUCUCCACGCACAGCUUCCCAGAGCUGCAAACAGACCUUCCUCUCUGCUGCCCAGGGAAGAGGGACCGAUGCUCAUCCUAACUUCAUGCUGCAUCAGAGAUGUAGAACUUCCUACCGAGUUUUCUGUCCGCGUUUCUUUUGUUUUUGAUUUGUUUCCUUUUUUUUUAAAGCAGUUUGUUAAUAUUCAUUAAAGAAGUACUGUAUAGUUUAACUUGAUGUCAUAGCAGAUCUUUUAAACAAAAACACGCCGUGUCCCUGUGCUCACACAGGGAUUAGGGGUGCUGGGAAAUGCCGCUGGUGCCGCAGGGCAGGAGGUAAACGGAUCAAGCAGCAAUUGGCAGGCUCAGCAAGGGAAGGCUUAACCCAGCCCAGCGCAGAUUUGUUGCCUUCUGCCCCAGAUCCUUCAGGCCAGCACUGAGCGCAGCAGGACGGGUGCCUCACACUUGGGGUUCCUCCUUACACCGCACCCGGAGGGCAGCCAGGACCCAGCAGUGCUGCUCGUGCCCCCACGGAACAAGGAGGAAGGAAGCCCAGGACCUGUGCAAGAGGACUGUACUGGGGACAGCCGUCCCCACUGCGCGGCAAUGCUGGGCUGGAUCGAGCGGGUGGUCCCACAGCCCCCAGCACAGAACCUGUCUGAGGAGAGCCCUGCAGCCCCACAGCCUGCCAAGGUGCCAGCAGGGAAGGCCAGCACAGGGGAUGCUGUGGACCGCGCGCAGGCUGUUAUCAAAGAAACAGAGAAGAAGGUGGAAUUCGCAGUCGCUGAGGACCCGGCCCCUGCAUCAGCAUCGGUGUUUGAGAGCGUGGGGAGCAGUGUGCUGUCCUGGAUCUCCCAGGGGUUGGAGAAGGUGGUCCCACAGCCAGCACCGGUCCCGGGGUCACUGCAAGCGCUCGGGAAGAGCUUCGAGACCAGUGUUGAUGUCCCCGACCAGACAGAGGUGCAGGUCCUCAAGGAUGAGGAUGAGGAUGCUCUAGAGAUAACACCCUUUGACCCCGAGGAGGAUGAGCUGGAUGGCUGUGAGCUGGAGGAUGGCUUGGGCACGGGCAUGGAGAGCUGGGCAGGAGCACGCGUGCUGAGCUGGCUGGUGCAGGGCUUUGAGAGGAUGGUGCCGCAGCCAGAGGUGCCAAAAAGGCCCGAGCCCGAGCUGAAGAAGGAGCAGUGCAGUGCCACAGCAGGAGGCACGAAGGGGACUAAAACUCGGGUGAAGCCCAAAGACAACAUCCCAGGAGUGGUGGAGCCGGAGGUGGGAGAAAGGCAGCCAGAGCCGGGGACCACCACCCUACUCCCUCGGUCCCUGGCUGGGGACAGUGGCAGCAUGUUUGGCUGGUUUGUCCAGGGGCUGGAGAAGGUGAUGCCGCAGCCCGUGCCCAGGGAGAAGCAGGAUGUGCAGGGAGCAGCCACCACAGCCUUCAGCCCUGUGGAGGAAAUUCAUAUUGUCCCUGUGGAGCCCCAAGAGAUGGACCUUGUGCUGGAGGAGCUUGAUGAUGGCUGGAGUGCUGAAGGCAUGCAUGAAACAACGGGCUGGGAUGACAUGGCUGAGCUGGGGACACUGGGCUGUCCCCUUCCCCCCAUCGAGGAGGAGCUGCAAGAGGAGGAGACCAGGCUGUGGUCCUGCGCCCCGAGUGCAGCUGAAGAGCAGGAGGAGGAGGAGGGAGAAGAGGAGGAGAAGAAGGAGGAAGAGCAGGAGGAGGUGGAGGAGAGCGCAGGGGCCCUACCCCGUUCCCUGUGCCCCUCCACAGAUGAGGGGCCAGAGGACACCUUCUAUGCAGAAGAGGCCCUCAGCUUUGCACGACGGGAAGAAGCUGAGAUAAGCGAUCUGGAAGGCGCUUUCAUACAGGUGCAAGAGCAGGCGGUGCAGGAAGAAACUGCAGGAGCAGACACUGCAGGGCUGAGGUGCUGCCCCGCUCUGGGCAUCGAGGACGUGGAUGGUGGAGGUGACCCCGUGGAGGACGAUGGCACCCGCUUGCCACUGCCCACCCCCGGCUCCCCACACAUGCUGGUGGUGCCUGGAGCCUCCCCCAGGAGGAAGGUGCCGGCCCCUGCAGAUGGCCUGGGAGAAGGGAACUGGGACGAGGAGCAGCAGGACAGCCUGCCUGAGCGCAUCGGCUCGGCCACCAGCCAGGGCAGUGCUGUCAUCCACGACCGCCUGCAGGAGCUGGUGAGGCUCUUCAAGGAGCGAACAGAGAAGGUGAAGGAGAAGCUGACUGACCCCGAUGUCACCUCUGAUGAGGAGAGCCCUACAGCAUCACCUUCCAAGCCAGCACCCACAGCACCGCCCCCACCCCCAGGGGAUGCACAGGUGGGGGAAAAGCCAGCGGAGGAUGAGCACUACUGUGAGAUGCUGUGCUGCACCUUCAAGUGCCAGCCCUGGAUGGACCGCCUGAAAAGCUACCAGUUCCCCAGCAGCAUCGACCCGCUCACCAACCUGGUGUACGUGCUAUGGCUGUUCUUUGUUGUCCUGGCCUGGAACUGGAACUGCUGGCUGAUCCCUGUCCGCUGGGCCUUCCCCUACCAGACGCCGGCCAACAUCCACUACUGGCUGCUCAUGGACUACCUGUGUGACCUCAUCUACCUGCUGGACAUCGUUGUCUUUCAGACUCGCCUGCAGUUUGUCCGAGGAGGAGACAUCAUAAGUGACAAAAAGGCCAUGAAAGAGAACUACCUGCGAUCGCAACGCUUUAAGAUGGACGUGGUGUGCCUCCUUCCCUUGGAUUUCUUCUACUUCAAAGUCGGCGUCAACCCUCUCCUGCGUUUUCCCCGCUGCCUGAAGUACCUGGCCUUCUUCGAGUUCAACAACCGCCUGGAGGCCAUUCUGAGCAAGGCGUACAUCUACAGAGUGAUUCGGACCACUGCCUACUUGCUGUACAGCUUGCACGUGAACUCCUGCCUCUACUACUGGGCAUCAGCCUACGAAGGACUGGGCUCCACCACCUGGGUCUACGAUGGAGAAGGAAACAGCUACAUCCGCUGCUAUUAUUGGGCAGUCAAAACCCUCAUCACCAUUGGGGGCCUGCCAGAUCCCAAGACGCUGUUUGAGAUCGUCUUCCAGCUGCUCAACUACUUCACGGGCGUCUUUGCUUUCUCUGUCAUGAUUGGGCAGAUGAGGGAUGUGGUGGGUGCUGCCACUGCCGGGCAGACGUACUACCGGAGCUGCAUGGACAGCACCAUCAAGUACAUGAACUUCUACAAAAUCCCCAGAACAGUCCAGAACCGGGUCAAAACGUGGUACGAGUACACGUGGCAUUCACAAGGCAUGCUAGAUGAGUCUGAGCUGCUGGUGCAGCUGCCGGACAAGAUGCGAUUGGACAUCGCCAUCGAUGUGAACUACAGCAUCGUCAGCAAAGUGGCCCUCUUUCAGGGCUGUGACAGACAGAUGAUCUUCGACAUGCUGAAGAGGCUCCGGUCGGUGGUCUACCUGCCCAAUGACUUUGUCUGCAAGAAGGGGGAAAUCGGCCGGGAGAUGUACAUUAUCCAGGCAGGACAAGUGCAGGUGCUGGGGGGACCUGAUGGCAAAACUGUGCUGGUGACACUGAAAGCCGGAUCGGUGUUUGGAGAAAUAAGCUUGCUGGCAGCUGGAGGAGGGAAUCGCCGAACUGCUAACGUUGUGGCUCAUGGAUUUGCCAAUCUUUUCAUUUUGGACAAGAAGGAUUUGAAUGAGAUCCUGGUGCACUACCCUGAGUCUCAGAAGCUGCUGCGUAAAAAGGCCAAGAAAAUGCUGAAAAACAAUAAUAAACCCAAAGAUGAGAAAGGAGGGCCUGGAGACCCGCUGAUCAUUCCCCCCAAAGCUGACACCCCCAAGCUCUUCCAGGCUGCUCUGGCUGCUGUGGGGAAGGCAGGAGGCAGAGGGCACCUGGCACAGCUGCGCUGGAAGCUGAGGCAGCUGAAGGCGAUGCAGGAGGCACAGGAUCCCAAUUUCAGUCCAAUACCACCAAAGUCACCGGUGCACCGGAGGUCACCCACUGCCUCCCCCAAAGCAAGGCCCCCUCCAGGAGAAGAGAUAUCCUCAAAAUCCGCUGAUAAUUUAGUCGCUAUCCGUGUGAUUCCAACAGCCCAAGAGGAUGAAGAGAUACUUGCUGCUGAGAUCUCGGAGAAAGAAGAUGAGAAAGAAGACGAGAAAGAAGACAAGAAAGAAGAGAAAUGAGAACCAAGCUGCUGUGGGGGCUGGUGGCACGAGUAGGAAUUGGGCACAUGCCUUGGGUAGAAGCUUUCAGUCAUUAACUAUUACUACAGAUUGGAAGUAGGCAUUGCUAAAUAGGUGCUGCAGGUGGGCUCUGCCUUUCUUCUCUGCUUAGACCUUCAUCCACUGCCAACAGAGCUGUAUGAGGUGGUGAGGGGUGGGCACAGCUGCACGGGGGGUGGGGGUCGCCAUCCCUGGGAGGUGUCCCAGGGUCGUGGGGAUGUGGCACUGAGGGACACGGUUUAGAUUGGCCACAUGUGUUGGUGAUGGUCAGAUGAGAUGGUAUCAGUGGUCUUUCCAGCUUUUGUGAUGCUAUGAUUUCAAAUUCUGUGCUCUGGAAACCUGUUCUAUAGAGCAUCUGUAUGCACGUUCCCUCUAAGUAUCAGGCCUGAGAUCUUACGGAGGGACAGCCCAGAAGAAUCAGCUUUUUAUGUCUCUGAAUGGUUAAUGAGUGGCUGCUCAGAUAAAGCAAGUUUUUCACCUCGAAGCUGAGUCACUCGAGGGAGAACAACAAGACUUCUCUGUUGGACCCAAGGUCGUUACAAGCAGCGGGAGAGUGACUCAUCUGGAAAGGAUCUGGGCUGCGAUCCGGAGCCAAGCACAGACUCAAAUCACCAUGGUGAGUGCACAGGGGGACCCCCCCAGCCUCACGCUGCCAGCCAACAGCUCCUGGGGAGGGGGGAGAAACCCAAACUUCAAGGAACUCCAGCACGUCCCAUGGGCACCCGCUGCCCUUAACAUCGCAUGGGAAACCCCAACCUCCUGCCCGCCUUCCUUCGUAUUUCGUGUCCUCAGCUAUUUGCACGUGGCUCCCUGCUGGGUAGAAGCAAAGUGCUUGGCGGUACAGAAAUACCUCCAUAAACAAAGCAGGAAAUGUGGCAAAGUCAGGCUGAUGUGCUGCUGUGAUUUGAUACGGUUUAGUGGAACAGUUUACAUUGGAAGUGCUCUGUAACAGCUUUCAUAAUCCACCCUACCUACAAUAAACACCACUUAGC